AUGGAGAACAUUGAACAGUAUUUGUUUGACCUCGUCGCGCUCAAAAUACAAGCAUCAUACAACAAUGUCAACGGCACUGUUUUGUGUGAGCUUGAUAGCGAUUCUCUAAUUUUUAAGCUAUCAGGGAUCUUGGAACACUCUUAUCCAAUUUGGGACUAUUUACCACUGAGUUGUUUCACCUCUGCGACCAUUGUAUUCUACAUCCUAUAUGCUUUGGGAGCACAGAUCCUUUACAUCAACAUUUUUGCCUUGGCAUCCUUCAUCUCAUGGAAGAGGCAACUACCACUUGCAAAAAUUUUCAUCGAAAUAGUCAAGAUUUUGUGGAAUGGACCAGCAACAAUUCUUUAG